AUGAAGUGUUUGGUAACCGGCGCUUCGCGAGGGAUUGGCUGGGCCAUUGCCCAAAAGCUUGCCCACGAGGGCCAUAGUGUUAUUUUGAGUGCAAGUAAUGCUGAUCUGUUGAACCAGCGACUCAUUGAGCUGCCCAAGGUUCUGGAUGGACAGGACCAUAGCGUUUUGCCGCUCGAUCUUGCUGACCCGGGGCUGAAAUUCGAACUGAAAGAACCCGUGGAGGCAUUUGUACAUAGUGCAGGAGUCGCCGGAAUGGGAUUACUUACGGCCUUGAGUCCUCAGAGUGUCGCAAAGACGCUGCAGGUGAAUUUGCAUGCCCCUAUUAUGUUGACCAAGGCGUUGGUUCGCCCCAUGAUGCGGCAAAAGUUCGGCAGCAUUAUCUACCUGUCUUCGUGCCUGGCCAGCAAAGGAUUGACUGGCUCAAGCGUCUACUCAGCUACCAAGGCCGGUCUCGAGGGAUUCACCAGAGCAUUGGCUCGAGAAGUCGGCAACAGGGGUAUCACCGUCAACUGCAUUGCCCCUGGGCUUACCGACACCGACAUGGGCAGGUGCGCUGAUCGGGGUUUGGCGACGGCAUCUAACGUAUUCCCUGGGUUAAUUGAUCCGGCCAGCAUUGCUGAUACGGUGAUGUUUCUGCUACAUAACCGUAACAUCACCGGCCAAACACUGCAAGUAGACAACGGGUUUACCGUAUAA